AUGAAAUAUUAUCCAUCUGUGAAAAACUUGAACACUUUUUGUGUUACUGAAGUGGUUGAAGGUCAGACUGAAGAAGUUAUAUUCGAUCAUCUACACGCCACUGCAUUUCAAUACACGCCCCUGGGUAGAACAAUUCUUGGGCCUGCUGAAAAUAUCAAGACAAUUGGCAAAGAGCAUCUAAGAAACUAUAUAUCAACACACUAUACUGCUCCCAGGAUGGUGAUUGCUGCCUCUGGCGCAGUCAAGCAUGAAGAUAUUGUUGAACAGGUGAAAAAAUUGUUUACAAAGCUAUCGACAGAUACAACCACAGCAUCUGAGUUAGUUGCUAAACAACCAGCAAUCUUCACGGGCUCAGAGGUUAGGAUACUUGAUGACGACAUCCCUCUCGCGCAAUUUGCAGUUGCUUUUGAAGGGGCAUCUUGGACAGAUCCAGAUUCCAUUGCCUUAAUGGUCAUGCAGUCGAUGUUAGGUUCUUGGAAUAAAAGUGCAGGUGGUGGAAAGCAUAUGGGUUCUGAACUUGCACAGAGGGUUGGCAUCAAUGAAAUAGCUGAAAGCAUGAUGGCUUUUAACACCAACUACAAGGACACUGGUUUGUUUGGUGUUUAUGCUGUUGCUAAGGUGAGCUCUCACUUUUAAUAAAGAUAAAUUAAAGGGGUAAAGA